CAAUUUUGAAUUUGUUUGAGGUGGGGAUUGUAUGAGCCUGCCGCCAUAUUGUGUCGGGCUGUGAGUGCAUGAAGUGAAAAUUUCACAUUUUACAGUGUAAAUUCUUUGUCAAUUUAUUUCGGAUUGAAACUCCUAAAGGUAGUCAACAAACAUGGGUGCUAAGCAGAGCAAGCGCUCAGUCGAUAUAAGCGGCAAGGAGUCGGAAGGAGCCGGCGAAGUUGCAGCGGCAGGCGCGGGGGGCGAAGGCCGAGUCGAGGCACUCGGCGAUGCAGAUGCGCUCAAACCCCAGCUGAAUGGCGACGCACAUAUUCACGAACAGACAGACAAAGAGAAACAACUCGAUAGUGGCACACCUGAAAAUGAAAAGGACGCGACCACUGAGAAGGAAGGAAAGCAGGAAGACUCCGACAAGGAGAAGGCCGAGACUCCCGUGACGAAUGGCGACGGCGAGGAACAGAAAACGGAGAAUGGAGACACCACACCCACUCCUGAAGAUGCGAAAAAACCCAAAAAAGAGAAGGUGAAGAAGAAAUGGUCGCUGAGGUCGAUCAGUUUCAGCAGAAAGGACAAACCCAAGCAAGAAAAGAAGCAAAAAGAAGAGGAACCGAAAACAAAUGGUGAACCUGAAAAAGUACCUGAGGAGACGGCUGAAGUAGUCCCUGAACCGGUAGCAACCGAAGUUCCAGAGGUGAAAUCUGAAGUCGAAGCUAAGGAUGAGAAAACUCCCGAAACUCCCGUCACUGAACCUAUCACAAAUGGAAGCAACACACCCGAGUCACCGAAAGAAGAAAUACCAAUGGCUGAAGAAUCAGCUCCUGUCGCGAGCCCCGAAUCCGACAAAACUGAGGAAGCACCCAAACCUGAAGCGGAGCCAGAACAGCUGCCCGUCAAUGGGCUGUCUCUAGAAGAGAAAACUGAAGCGCCUGAGGUUCCAAAGGUCGAAGAAAGUCAACCUGAUGAAUCUCCUGCUGAAUCUACUGAAACCGCUCCUGCUGUUGAAAUUCCUGUCCAAAAAGAGGUUUGUGUUGAACAAAUGCCUUUGAUAGAGCCCACGCCUCCACCACUCCCCGCAAACCCUCCUCCCUCUUCAGUGGCGUCUUUUGCAGCCACCACUAUGGCACCAGACUUGACAGACGCUUCGCUAGCUAACACCACUGAAACCGCAAAUUCUACACCACCCGCAGUCCUAGAUACUAAAACAGACACGUCUAAUGAAAAUACCACUGAAACCCAAGCUGAUCUAACUAAUUCCGAAAAUAGCUCUGAAGUUCCCUCAUCAUUACAAAAUACGGUUGAACAAGCUGAGGAAACAGCAAAGCAAGCCGAUACCCUACCUAGCGAGACGGCUGAUAAAGUAGAAGUUAUUACCAGUUCUCCUGUUGAUGAGAAGGAAUCUUCAUCUUUAAACACGAAUAAUGAAUGUGAUGUUGUUCUCAAGGAGCAAACCCUACCUAGCGAGACAGCUGAUAAAGUAGAAGAAGCUAUUACCAGUUCUCCUGUUGAUGAGAAGGAAUCAUCAUCUUUAAACACGAAUAAUGAAUGUGAUGUUCUUAAGGAUCAAACGGAUAAUGCUUCUAACGUAAUGGAAGAUCUAGAAAAUAAUGUCGUCAAUGAUUCCGACAAACCAGAAGAUGUUUGCAAAAUCACACCAAACCAGGUGGCAUCGGAGGAUACUGCUGAAGAGAGUGAAGUUCAAGAUAAUGCGGAAUCGCCCGUCGAGCCCGUGUCCGAAUCUCCCGUAAUCGCUACACCUGUGCCGGAAUCGGUAACAGAAUCGCCAACCACCGAAGACUUGCCGCCUCCUCCUCCGAUGGAUGACGUUAUCGAUGUAGUAAAAACAGAAGUCUCAGUGGAACAAAUCGAAACUUCCGAGCAAGAAGUGACGCACCAACCGAAAGAGAUCGUAGUCAACAGCAAUUACUCGAACGACGUCACCGAAACGAACCAUUUAAUCGACGACGAAACACUCAACGGCAACGAGGAGACGGAACACGAAAACCUAAAGAACAAAAUAAAAGAUUCUCUCGGCAACGUGAUCGAGAGCAUCGAGUGCAACGGCAAUACCGAUGAGGCGGCCACCGAGACCGCGGCCCCGGCGAAGAGCUCGCCCGAGGAGUCGCUGCCGCCGUCGCCGUCGGAGGGGGAGGCGGGGGCGGAGGCGUCGGACUCGUUCCCGGCGCCGCCCUCCGACGCCACGCCGCCCGCCUCGCCGCCCGAGCCCGACUGCGCACAGGAAUCGCUGCCAAUGUCAGACAAAAUCGCUGAGUUGAUCCCGGAAGUUCCUGUCGUGCCCGAGCUAAAAGCUGAAACGGAGUCGGCGGUGGUGGCGGCGCAGUAGGCGGCGGCGGCGGCACGCGGUGUCUUUGAAAAUGAGCCUUUAAUUUAUUUCUGUUUAGUACUACGGUGUGAUAUCGAACCUAGUUCGAUUGCUAAUUUUACAUUGUCAAAGAUGUGGAUUUCGGUUCCAAAUGUGACUCCAUAUAGAAGAUUGUAGUAUAAGUUUAGCGUGCUUUUGCUUUUGUAAAAUUAAGAUUUUAUACAUUUUUAUUCGCUAGGAUCGAGUUUUUUUAUAAUUAUAUACAGUAAAAGUUAUAUAGACAGUAUACGGUGCGAUAAGUUGGUGCCAUUAUUACAGGGGUUAGUUUGUCGUCGCAUGUUGUUCGCUCUUAAAUUACGAAUUGUUCAUUUCGAAAUAUGUUAUUAAUUGUUCAGCGAUUGAUAAUUUAUUUUCAAAAUGUGGCGUAGCAAUAUCUCCCCUUAGGAUAUUUUAGAAUAUAUUGGGUUCAUUAUAUUUAUCACAAACUUGAAAAUUCGACAUCUCAGUUAGUUAUUAUGCGUUUCGGGCAAAGUCCGUAUCAGGGUUGAGUUGAAAAGCAAAUAACGUGACAGUACAUACAGUAUUGACAGUUUCCGCUAGUUGUAAGUCAAGGUAAAAGACAAAGCAAUACGUAUGUUCAUUGAAUGUUUUCAAUGCGUACUGUUCACUGAGAUAUCAAACCCUGCGAUUUCGUAGUUCUUUUUUAAAUGUCUAAUUAUGCUGUAUGAAAUGGCACCGCAAUAUGUCGAUGCACACCAAGUGCAGCCCUUCUAAUUAUGCGAAUAUCUUUAAAACCUUAUUAAUAUUAUGAGCCCAGAAAUUGAUUGAUGGAUGUUUUAAAGAGCUGGCCACGCGAGGCGGCUGUUGUAAAUAAUUGCACAAGCUAUGUGCAUGGAGACUAUGAUUCAUACGCCCACCCGGGAGAUGUUAGGCUUUUUGGUUGGAAAAGCUGAUAACAUGAGUUUAUAUUUUCACUAGUAUUGAAUACCACUGGACGAUGAUACUCGUAUCAUCGGCUUUAAGUAGUUCAAGGACUUAUUAUAAUGUAUAUAUGAAUAAUUGAGUAUUUUCUGUUACUUUUAUGUCAAAUAUUUGAUAUUAAAUUUGUAUUCUGUAAAUUGUUAAAAUGAAGAAAAACAUCAAUUUAAUUUUAUCUCAUUGUGUUAAUUAAUUUUUCUUUUGCAGUUUUACGGAUUUAAUUUUAUUCAUUUCUUAUGAAUAUUGAUAAGUUGUAUAAAUUAAGAUUUUUAUUAAUUGGCUCUCUCUAUGAACUCAUGUAAUUUAAAUUAGCUGUUGGUAAGGGAUUUUACGUGAGACAUGUAAGGUUUGAAUCUAACGAAAAUCUCCAAGUAAGUCAUCGUGUCAAUUUGGCGACGGAUGAGAUGACAUUAUAAAGUAACUAUUGGAUAGAAAUUUUCUUACAAUUUUGGACUAUAUCAGUGGCCAAGUUUUUUGAAUAAUUAUUGAUAUACAAUUUUUAUGCAUAUACAGACAUAAUUAUAUUGUAACAUUUAGAUUUUGUAGCAUGUGUAACAAGUUAGUAAGGCAGCUAAGUACCUACAGCUGCUAAUUAGUAUAUCGGACUCCACCUCAUACAUACGAUUAGAUGAUUCAUAAGGUUUGAUAAUACUAUACAUUAAUGUGUAUUUUUUGUGUCCAGAAAUUAUGUGAGUUUCAUAAUCAUUUUUGUAAUUUUAUACAUUUUUUAAGAAAUUUGAAGUGGCACAUCUGCAUGACUGGGGAAAAUAAUGUUUAGCAGUAAAAUGAGUGAGACAUUCCAUAUCAAAUGCUGAAGAACAUGUACAUUAAUCCAAUGUUUGCUAGUAGCCGUUUCUCAGCGCCUGAUAGUUGGACUUAGCUUUAGUAAUUUAAUGAAUUAUAACUUUAUUUAAAUAAAUCUGAUGUGUGUAAUAAAACAUGAGUGUUUUCCUCAUGCUAACAUGUAUUAAGUAAUAUCAUUUUUAAUUUAUGUUUAAUGAAUUAAUGUCCAAGCAUUAUGAUUCCUCGGUAGCUCCAGCAUUCUGUAUUAUUUGUUUGUGAUGUCCUCCUUAGGUAUCUGAGAUGAUUGUGUAAACAUAAUUUUGCUCACUAUAGCUAUUUAAAAUUGUAUAUGAUAAAAUAUAUGUUAUUCCAAUUUUAUUAAACUUGAUGUUGAUGUGUGAA